AUGUCUCCUUUACAAGGAAGGAAAAACUCCUUUGGCUCAGUGUUCGUCGAAUCUCCAACGAUAGAAUCGUCAGAACAUCAUCACAGCAACCAUCUACCCGUACCAGUAUCUAUGGAAGAAGGGAAGGGUAAAGGCAAAGCGACGGAUCUAAGCUAUUUGAUCAUAUCGGGUGGUACGGGUGCAAACUCUAUCGCAAGUGCUUUUGGACAUUCACCAUCGUUCGUAUUGCCUGUAUCGGAUGAUGGAGGAUCGAGUUCAGAGAUUUUGAGGUGUUUUGGAGGUCCUAGUAUCGGUGAUAUACGCUCCAGACUCAUCCGAUUGAUACCCCUCACACCUAAUCCAACCGCCAAAGAUGAUGUUGAGAGAUUGGCGAUUUACAAUCUUUUAGCCUACCGAUUCCCAUCCGACGCUCCUGAGAAAGACGUGAGGGAGCUAUGGCAUGAGAUUGUAGAAGGGCGGAGUGAGCUUUGGGAUGGGAUAGGCGAAGAUAAGAAGGAAUGUAUUCGUGCUUUCCUGGUUCACUUCCAAACGCUUUGUCUGAAACGAGCACAUAAACGAUUUUCAUUCCGGAAUUUUUCACUCGGAAAUGGAUUUUUGACUGGUGCAAGAGAUCUCUUCGGGAGUUUACCAAGUGCUAUCUUCUUGUUCAAAAGCAUAGCAGGGGUGAAUCAUGGUGUACAAGUCAUCCCUGUCAUCAAUACGAAUCAAACCGUCACGAUGGCUGCACAGCUAGCAAACUCGACAAUCCUAGUAGGACAAUGUAACAUCUCUCAUCCUACCAGUCCAAUCACACAGGUAUCCACAUCAUCUCCAGGAGCCAUCACUCCCACUCCUAGUUCAUCAUCGUCCACCAAACCAAUUAUAUCAGGUCCAUUACGCCAUCACUUCAGACGAGAUUCAAGGACGUUCGACACGCCCGAUACGUCUUUACCGACCUCUAGAAGAACAAGUUUCGAUUUCCCUCAGCACCAGAUACAAGGUCAGAUCAAAGAAGGUGAAGUAGGAUGGUCAGAUCAGAAAGCGGUAGGGGGUAAUCUGGGAUAUAGGAAAGGUGAAGAAGAAGCUCCUUUGGAAGCUAGGAUAGAAAGGGUAUUUUACAUCAACCUAUAUGGUCAGGAAAUAUACCCGGAACCCAAUUUGGAUUUCAUCGAUUCCCUCAAUCAACGUGACAUCCUGGUGUACUCCUGCGGCUCACUAUGGACAUCGAUUAUACCUUGUCUCGCUCUGAAAGGUUUAGCGAGCGUGAUAGCAGCAUCCAAGAGCCUAAAAGCGAAAGUGCUUCUUUUGAAUUCAUCGAACGAUAGAGAAACUCCCGAAUACACAGCAUCUGAAUAUCUAUCUACGAUAUUAGACAUGUUGGGACAUUAUGAUAAACCGAAACGAAAUAAACCCAUCCAGGGAGUACCAGCCUCAUCGGAUUCAAGCCGGAAUGUAUCGCCGUCGGAUCUGAUAUCGCAUGUGAUUUAUCUGGAAGGUGGGAAAGUGGGAAUCGAUUCGGAUGUGAUAGAGAAACUGGGUAUCAAGAUCAUCCAGGUUCCCUUCAACGUCCACGGUUACAAACAUGAUCAGAUCCCGCUGUUCAGUCCUGAAAGUGUUGAGUGGGCAAUGGAGAAGGUUUUAGAGAAUUUAUAG